AGUAAUUGAUGAUAGGGACUAUAGUACAAAUAUUAUGUACUUGGAAAGUACAACAACCAGCUGAUAAGUGAAUAAAUGAAUUUUAGCUUGAGAAAUACUUAUAUUAUUAUACGAACUGUCAAAGCAGAAGAGUGUUAGUGAUGUGUUUGGUCUAACAAUAAAAUAUUUGAGGUUAUAUUUUGGUAUUUAGUUUGUUUUUGUGAGUUAAUAGUUUGUAAACACAACAUAACCUCUACACGUGUAGGAUCAAAGCAGCCAUGUCCGUGGAAGGCGUAAUGGUGUCCUACAACUACUCCGAGGAUGGAGAGCACUCUAACAUCAUCACCGUCUCCGCGUCAGGGAUGAAGUUCUCCAAGCGCUGGGUCCUCACACACGGCUCCAUCCUGUCGCCCCUCAAACAGGCACAAGCCAUCAACCACGCGAGAGGCAACCCUAUAUUGAAAGAGGAGUUCUACGACAACCUGCCGGAGAUAUACGUGACGUGCGAGAGAGAGACAAAAGAGGGGAACGUGUAUGACGAUGUGGAGAGACUUAGUAGGGAGAGGGAUGAUGGGCUGGAGCACAGUAGUUACCAGAUCAGAGUGCUUACUGGAAGAAUAGUCCACAUCUGGCAAUGCCCGAUCCUAAGCCGCUGCGUCGACGACAUCCUUUACAGUUGGACCAUCGGGCACCGCGACGGUGACAUAGAGAAGCAAACGCAGCUGGGCAAGGCCCUGCUCUCAGUGUUUGUGCUGGUGGACUUGGAAAGCGACGACCGAGGUUUUAGGACGCUAAGACCCCUUUCGGAGCUACUGGACUUAGUGAAACCGCCGCCCGACAGAGGGUCGGCUGUGGAAGUCCACUCCACACCCUUCGGAUGUGAGGUGUUCCUGAAUGCGGUGACUCGUGGAUCGGUGUGCGGUGUGGUGGGGCGAAGGCCAUCAUUGCUACUUACUGAUGCAGCGACUGCGCUAGGGUCUGAAGGUGGCCCGGUGUUCACAGAAGGACCUAACAAAGAAUUGAUAGGCGCAGUAGUGUGCAGUGUAUCAUGGUGGCGCGGGGAAUGGGUGGGGCUGACGCUAACGGCGCCAUUGGUGUCAGUGCUGAGUGCCAAGCUGAGGGUGUCUCCAGCAGCGGUAACACAACCGCCCAGCCAGCAGUAUCAGGAGAUAUUUAACAGGAUCGACAAGACGACGGUGCUGGUGCGGUGCGGGGGAUCGUGGGGCGCGGGGGUGUACCUCGGCGGCGGCUAUAUCGCCACGUGCGCGCACGUCGUUAAACACUACACAAGCCACAAAGUAUCAGUAUACUGUCAAGGCGUAAGCGAGACAGCCAUAGUUCGUUACAAGACCCGCGAUGAUCGCGCGUACGAUUUAGCACUUCUAUACACUAACCCUGAAAACUGGACGCAUCUCCUGCCCGCAGUGUUUGCUGACACGCCUGCUGAAAAAGGUGAAUCAGUACUAGCAGCCGGCUACCCGUACUUCAACGAACAUAUGCUGGAGAAUUUAAAGCCAAACGUGACCGCUGGCCAUGUGAACAGCGUCUCACCUUCCAUGAUACAGAGCAGUUGUUGCGUGCAGUCAGGGUUCAGUGGCGGUCCAAUCUUCAGGAUAAUUGACUCCAAUGUGGAAGUUCUGGGCGUCAUAGUCAGCAACGCGAAAACCAAUACAGGCGCAUGCUAUCCCUACAUAAACAUGGCCGUACCUGCUCGAGCAUUCGUCGAUUCCAUGCUUCAAUACAUCACUGAUAAAGAUUGCGACCACCUGAAGCCGAUUGAAAACCACCAAGAAAUGAUUCAGUCACAGUGGAGGCUGCUUCCUUAUAGAUCUAAGAUAUGAUCUUCAAUUAACAAGAUUUAGCUUAAUAAUUUAAUAUACUACUAAGGUUACACGGGAGAAACAUUGAGGAAAGGAAAGAAAAGACUUUAUCUUGCCCCGAGCAAAAUAAACUAUGUUUCUCUUGCCUUACCCCGUGACCACAUGACCUUAUACGUACGAGUAUGUAUCAGAAUUUCAAAAAUUCAAAUAUUGGCAGUAAAACAGCGACAGUCCAAAUAUAAAUUUUAACUGUCGUGAGGUCGUGAGGUAGUUUAAAAAGAUACAGUAUUCUGACAAAAUAUUCCUAACUUAUGUUUAGAGAGUAGGUACUAGGUAAAGCCUGACCAGGAAUAUAUGAUCACGCGCCAUGUUGCGGAAUUUCACUGGAACUAAUAUUUUCAUACUAUAAUGAACUGUCACCCUAUACAUGAAAAUAACAGCGCCCUGACAAUGAUCGUAUAUUCCUGGUCAAGCUUUACUUGCUUUGCUACUCGUUACAUGUGAUACAUGAUGAAUGUGCAGGAAAUAAGUAAUUUUAAAUUAAUUGAAAACGAUUAAGUAUGUUUGUCUAUCGAGACAAUUUUAACCUUUUAAGAGCGCUAUUACAUUUCGGCGUUGAGCGAGUUUAGGUAUUUUACGCGCUGCGGCGGGCUGUGCGAGCUCAGUAUGCCGAUCCCUUCUACCAGGUUUUCCCUCUCGCUCGCACUACAAUGAUGGAUUUUUUGACAUAUCAGUCAAAUUUGACAGAUUGACAGUUUUUGUCAUUUUCAGUGAAAAUUAUCUUUUUGGGAUAGAAUCUAGCACCCACUGACAUCGUUAAAUGUAGAUUUAUACUAUCUGUCAAAAUUUUGAUGGAGUUGGAUGGAGUCUGCCCUUGCAAAUAGUGCGGGAAAGAGCACUUUCCGGCACGUGAAUAUGUCGAAAAUAUAAAUGGCCAUAUGUACUGUAAAACGUUGUACAAUACACGUGCGAACAGCUAAUACGCAACUCGUUUCGAAUUUCCUCUUUUCCGUACUUGUAUCGUAAAUAACUAUUCUAUAUACUAUGUACUCUAUAGUCCGACAAGAAAUUGUAGAAAAUUAUUGAAGGCGCCACUUCCUACGUAACUGUCAAAUUUUUGACGUAAAAUGAUUAAAUCGCAAUUUCCAUACCAAAUAGCAACAAUUUGGUAUGGAAAUUGUUUAGUUCCAUUUUAUUUUAUUUCUACUAGUUUAUGUCGUACUAUACUCUUUAUUCCUUUUUUUCUACUCUAUGAUGCUGUGAAAAUAUAGGGUAUUACUGCAAUGUUCUGCCACCAGAGUGUACCACUAGCCCGUUUAGUAAACCAUAGAGUAACUUAUACAAUGGCCCUUUAACAGUUUUUUGACAAGUUUUCAGAGAUAAUAAAAUAUGACAUUGAUGCACCAAGGCGGUUUGUUUACAGAGAAUCUACCGGGAAACGCGAAUCCGAAAUUUCGCUAUCUGCCUCUUUAUCGCUCGAAUAUCCAAGAGUGACAGAGAUGUUAUAAACGAAAUUUCGAUUUUCUUUUUUAGCGAUAGACCCUUAGAUUGUGGUAGUGGCGCCCCCUGCGCUAUUCUCAUUUUAUCACAUGUAUGGUGGUACGUAUAAUAAAUAUGCGUUGUUUAAUCAAGUUCUAAUUGUAUAUUUAUAUUAUUUAUUUUUUAUUUAAUUUUAGUUGUAAUUAUUGUUAAUGGUGAUUAA